AUGAUCGCCAUAGGGUUAGAAGGAAGCGCGAAUAAGAUAGGAAUUGGUGUGAUUCACCAUCCGGCGCCGGACAAGCCUCCUGUCAUCCUCUCGAAUUUGCGACACACAUACAUUUCCCCGCCGGGCGAAGGUUUCCUGCCAAAAGACACGGCACUGCACCAUCGAGCAUGGGUCGUACGUUUGAUCAAGCAAGCGGUGCAACAAGCCGGUGUAAAGAUCGAGGACAUCGAUUGCAUAUGCUACACAAAAGGACCUGGCAUGGGCGCGCCGUUGCAGAGCGUUGCGCUUGCAGCGCGCACCAUCAGUCUGCUCUGGAACAAGCCUAUGGUGGGCGUGAAUCACUGCGUCGGGCACAUCGAGAUGGGCCGUUCGAUAACCCGCGCGGACAACCCCGUCGUCCUCUACGUGUCCGGCGGUAACACGCAGGUCAUUGCCUACUCCGCAAACCGAUACCGCAUAUUUGGCGAAACCCUCGACAUUGCAAUAGGAAACUGCAUAGAUCGGUUUGCGCGUACCCUCAUGAUCCCUAACAACCCGUUUCCGGGAUACAACGUCGAGCAGCUGGCAAAGAAAGGUAAAAAUCUCAUAGAUCUACCGUAUGGUGUGAAAGGCAUGGACGCAAGCUUUUCGGGCAUAUUGGCAGCAGCAGACCUUCUGGCACGUGGCUUGGACGAGAAGCUGCCUUACGAGAAGAGACUCAAGACUGAAGAUGGAGAGCUGGCCACGAGAGAAGACAUGUGCUUUUCGCUGCAAGAGACCAUAUUCGCUAUGCUAGUAGAGAUCACGGAGCGCGCCAUGGCCCAUGUUGGCUCGCAGCAGGUGCUGGUAGUCGGAGGCGUUGGCUCGAACGAGCGCUUACAGGAAAUGAUGGGCAUGAUGGCAAGAGAUCGAGGUGGCAGUGUUUUUGCCACAGACGAGCGAUUUUGCAUUGACAACGGCAUCAUGAUCGCACACGCCGGGCUGCUGGAAUACUCGACGGGGAUCAUCACGGGUCUGGAGGACACGACUUGCACGCAGAGAUUCAGAACUGAUGAGGUGUACAUUGGGUGGAGGAAAGACUGA